UCUUGGCUUCAUCUCUCCUGCUUUUCGGAUAACAGAGACAAAAAUCUGGAAAGAAACCGAAGGUUUUCUCUACGUGUCUGUCUCUGUUUCGUGGCUCUGGAUUGCUGCAUUUGGUUGGAGGGAGGGAGAUUUUGGGGGGAUUUGUUUGUCGGAGUGUUCUUGGGAAGAGAAGGAAUAUUUAAGGAGGUCGAGAAAGGAUGGUUUCGUUGGUUUCUCGCCAGGGUAGGCAUCUGCAGCGGUACACCAGCACCGGGCGUCGACUCGUUGUCGGAUGCAUUCCAUACAAGUUUAAGGUUGACAAGCCAUGGGACAAUGACAUUGAUCGAGCAAUGGAGGUUCUCGUUAUUAGCUCACAAAAAGGGCAUGGAAUGAUGUUCCCAAAGGGAGGUUGGGAGCUUGAUGAAACCAUAAAAGAAGCAGUCUCUCGAGAGGCUUUGGAGGAAGCUGGUGUACGAGGAAAUGUUGAGGGUAGCCUUGGCAAAUGGAGAUAUAAGAGCAGAAGUCAUGAUGCAUUUUAUGAGGGAAUCAUGUUCCCUUUGGAUGUAACAGAGGAAUUGGUUGAUUGGCCAGAGAUGGAUGUGAGAAAACGACGAUGGGUGACAGUAGCUGAAGCAAGGGAGGGAUGCCAGCAUCCAUGGAUGAAAGAAGCAUUGGAGAGACUGGUGACAAGAAUCUCGAAUUCGAGUAGGCAAGAGACCACCAUGGAAGCAUAGCAUGCCUUCAUGACUGUCUAUGUCUGUACAUAUAAGCUACUCCAAACAAGGGCUGAGGUUUUAGAAUGACUCAGUAGCUCUCAAGAAGGAAACUAUGCAGCUGCAUCUUGGAUGAGUACAGAAUUUUAAAGCAUAGAAUGUAGAUGCCGAUCGGAUUCUUUGGCAAAUAGUUUCACACAGCCUAAUCGAAUAAACUUGUAUCUUUUUGUUAAAAUUUUUUCCUUUGAUAAAUUUGAUGAGCAGUAGAUACAAAAGUACUCAAUGAAACAUGUCCAUGUGUUGCAAACUA